UACUAGAGUAAUGGCAAUUAAAGAAGUAAUACACAUUCAUAUUGGUCAAGCUGGAGUUCAAGUUGGAAACGCUUGCUGGGAAUUAUAUUGUCUGGAACAUGGCAUUAGGCCUGACGGUAUACUAGCGCACUCCAAUGAUAUAAGUUCCGGAGCAUUUUUUAAUCAAACUGGCAGUGGUAAAGUUGUUCCAAGAGUUGUCAUGGUUGAUUUGGAACCUACACCAAUAGAUGAAAUAAGAACGGGAACAUAUCGCAGACUUUUUCACCCUACAUCCUUAAUUACCGGUAAAGAAGACGCAGCUAGUAAUUUUGCAAGAGGUUAUUUCAGCAUUGGAAGAGAAAUGAUUGAUUUAGCAUUAAACAGAAUUCGAUUAGUAGCUGAAGAAUGUAAUUGCUUGCAAGGCUUCAUAAUAUUUAGAUCUUUUGGAGGUGGAACUGGAUCGGGUUUUACAGCACUUUUACUGGAUGGACUGACAAGGGAUUACAAAAAACUCUCGAAAAUAGAAUUCGCAAUCUAUCCAGCUCCUAAGAUAUCGCCAAUUAUUGUAGAACCAUAUAAUGCUGUUUUCACAACGCAUGCAUGUAUGGAUACAGAAGAUGUGUGCUUUAUUUUUGACAAUGAAGCAUUGUAUGACAUUUUAGCCCGUCUUUUAGACGUUCCUCGUCCUACUUACACAAAUUUAAACAGACUUAUUGCCCAGGUAGUAUCCUGUAUGACGACGUCAUUGAGAUUUGAAGGUUCUUUAAAUGUGGAAUUGGUAGAAUUCAGAACAAAUUUAAUACCUUAUCCAAGAAUCCAUUAUCCUUUAGUUACAUUCGCCCCGUUCGUUCCGCCGUCUAGAUCGAUGCACGAAACUAUGACCACACAACAGUUGAUGAUGUCCUGUUUCGAACCUUCCAAUCAGAUGAUCAAAUGUGACCCGAGAAAUGGAAGCUACAUGUCGUGUUGUUUAUUAUUCAGAGGAGAUAUUAAUCCGAAUGAUAUCAAUUCAACUAUUACUUACAUAAAAAGUUUACGCACUAUAAGAUUUGUACCUUGGUCACCAACAGGAUUUAAGAUUGGUGUAAAUUUUCAACCACCAACAACUGUCCCUGGUGGUGAUUUAGCUGCGAUGCAAAGAGCAGUUGUAAUGGUAUCCAACUCAUCAGCUGUACGUGUCGCUUGGGAGCGUCUUUGUAAAAAAUUUUACUUAAUGUACGCAAAACGAGCUUUUGUUCAUCACUACGUUGGUGAAGGAUUAGAAGAAAGAGAAUUUAAAUAUGCAUUGCAAAACAUCAAAGCGCUUUCAAAUGAUUACAGAGAAUUGGAAACUUAAACAUAAUAUUAUAUUAACUUCGUAAA